AUUUAUAUUCCUGUGUAUACAGGGUGUUGUGCCUUCUACACUAUACUUCCAGGGAAUAUUCCCUUUAAUUGACUCAUGUUCUGUGAGCUGUAGUCACAAUAUACGUGAGUUUGCAACAUGAGAUGGGAAAGUCGUUCCCUACCUGUUCCUGUGGAACAUAACACCAGGUAGGAAGCCUGUGAAGUUGCUAUACCUGCUGAGAUCUGCCUUCCUUAAAGCACAGAGAAGAAGCUAUUUCUUUUAACCUAGCUGUCUUUGAAGAGGUGGCAUAGACACUUCCAUGGCCUCCCGAGAUGUUUGGUCUCAUCAAGAUAAAGAUCUUCCAAAUUAUCUGCCUGGCACACCUCAUCAUGUAGAUCAAAAUGAGCAACUGGACUCUCCACCACCAUGGAAAGCAACACCUGAUACAAAUAUUCCAGAACCUAGGUUCCUGGUACCACCUGGUUUAGAGCACCUAAGCAAGGUACAACAGAUCAUUGUUCAUCAACAAGUGGAGUUGCUGGGAGUAUUCCUCGGCACCGAAAAGAGCAACAAGUAUGAAAUAAAGGACAUCUUUGGACAAAGAAUUUACUUUGCAAGAGAAGAAAACAUCUACCUUAACAAAAACUUAUGUAGCCCAGUGCGGCCUUUCAAAAUGCACAUUUCUAAUAAUGCUGGCCGGGAAGUAAUCACAGUUAUUAGACCCCUGAGAUGCAUUACUUGCUGCUUUCCCUGCUAUUUGCAAGAGCUGGAAGUACAAGCUCCCCCAGGUACAACUGUUGGAUUCAUUGUCCAGAAAUGGGAUCCGCUCCUGCCAAAGUUCACAAUUCAGAAUGAAAGCAAAGAAGAUGUGCUGAUGAUUAUUGGUCCAUAUUUAACAUUCAGCUGCUUAGGCGAUGUGGAUUUUGAGGUGAAAACAUUAAGUGAAAAGUCAGUGAUUGGCAAAAUUUCCAAGUAUUGGUCAGGAUUUGUGAAUGACGUUUUUACCAAUGCUGAUAACUUUGGGAUAGAAUUUCCUGUUGAUCUGGAUGUAAAGCUGAAAGCUGCUUUGGUUGGUGCCUGCUUCCUAAUAGAUUUGAUGUACUUUGAGCGAUCUUCUGAUGCAAUCUAAGGACAAUAAGAAAAUGACCAAAAAAGCCAAACAUGGAAUAAUAUCUGGACAUUUUGCAUUCAUUGGAUGAAUUUCCACAGGUUAUCUGACAUGAUGUUUCCUCAAAUUACAGUUUAUUAAUUGUUGGAAAACGAUACACCAGACAUCUCUUCUUACACAACAAUCCAAUCAGUGAAUUGACGUCUCAGUAAUCAUCUGUAUAAAUCCACCCAAACAUGCGUUCUAGCUGCUCAAUAGCACAAAAGGAACAUCUAAGC